UUAAAUCUUAAUCAUUUGAAGAAGACUUUCCCUUAACUUCGAUUUCACCUUCAUUAAUCAUAAGGAACAAUUUUUUCUAUACACAUUCAUAUUUUCUGCAGAUUGUAGUUGGAUAUUGAAUGUGUUUGAAAAUGAUAUUAACUGUUGCACUUAGUGACCAAUGAUAUUCACUGUUGCACUUAAUGACCAAUGAUAUUAACUGUUGCACUUAGGGACCAUGCAAUGAUAUUCACUGUUGCACUUAGUGACCAAUGAUAUUUACUGUUGGACUUAAUGACCAAUGGUAUUAACUGUUGCACUUAGUGACCAAUGAUAUUCACUUUUGCACUUAGUGACCAAUGAUAUUCACUGUUGCACUUAGUGACCAAUGAUAUUCACUGUUGCACUUAGCUGUUAAAUGAGGACUACAGUAUAUUUGAUUGGUUCCUAUGAAGUCCAAGUCCCUUACCAUAUCCAAGAGAAAUUGUCUUCAAUUUUACAGAGCAGACAAAUGAAGGAAUAAAACUAUAGCUAUUAUCAGCUGAUUCCGUAUUCAUUCACAUUCUUGUAGCCUCCAACUCCCAGUCUAAAUGCCACAUGUGGUUUUCCUACAGUAACCUUUCUAUAGUAUGCCUUAGUAAUGAAAAAUUAUACAGAAAAAAAGUAAUUGAACAAGGAAUUGUUGGUAAUUUCCAUUCUUCAGAUUAUGUAAUGUAUUUACAUGCUGUCAUCUGGCUGUGUGUGGUUAGAGCCUGUCUGUCAUUCUGAUGGAUUGAUUGUUGUUGUAGGCUCAUUGAUUGUCAAAGAUGUCUUCUGUCAUCAUAAUUAUAUAGAAAUACGGGCUCUUGUAUAAAUGCUAACCAAAUUCACAAUGAUGAUCCAUAACAGAAGGCCAAAAUAAUAUUGGAUGUCCAGCUGAUCUGUCAGUCUUUCUGCUGGCAGGAUAAUUUGCCUACAGCAGAGUGUUGCUGCACACAGGAGUCGGAGAUGUAUUGAUUCUUAACAUUGAAAUGUCUAUAGAUCAGGUUUAACAAUAGCAUCAUAGUUUUUGCUGUACACAACGAAGCAAAUACUGGUCCCCUUGUGCCUGCCAGCUAACCCCUUGGCAGUUAUCAACAGAAUCAUCUGAUGACAUGGGGUUUUCUCAUUUUCUUCUACGAUUAUAUUACAAUGUAACAGGCUUCUGAACAAAACAUAAACUAUAGGCUAAUAGCAUUGGUGAUUGUUCCUUUUUGUACCAAAUAAUAAUUUUAAAUGAGGAUAGGCAUUCUAUAAUGGUAGGGAGUAGGUGGGUCGACAGGGGAAUAGAGGACAGACAUUCUAUAAUGGUAGGGAGUAGGUGUGUCGACAGGGGAAUAGAGGGCAGGCAUUCUAUAAUGGUAGGGAGUAGGUGGGUCGACAGGGGAAUAGAGGACAGACAUUCUAUAAUGGUAGGAAGUAGGUUGGUCGACAGGGGAAUAGAGGACAGGCAUUCUAUAAUGGUAGGGAGUAGGCAGGAUUGACAGAGGAAUAGAGGACAGACAUUCUAAAUGGUAGGGAGUAGGUGGGUCAACAGGGGAAUAGAGGACAGACAUUCUAUAAUGGUAGGGAGUAGGCAGGAUUGACAGAGGAAUAGAGGACAGACAUUCUAUAAUGGUAGGGAGUAGGUGGGUCAACAGGGGAAUAGAGGGCAGGCAUUCUAUAAUGGUAGGGAGUAGGUGUAUCGACAGGGGAAUAGAGGACAGGCAUUCUAUAAUGGUAGGGAGUAGGUGGGUCGACAGGGGAAUAGAGGACAGACAUUCUAUAAUGGUAGGGAGUAGGUGGGUCGACAGGGGAAUAGAGGACAGACAUUCUAUAAUGGUAGGGAGUAGGUGGGUCGACAGGGGAAUAGAGGACAGACAUUCUAUAAUGGUAGGGAGUAGGUGGGUCGACAGGGGAAUAGAGGGCAGGCAUUCUAUAAUGGUAGGGAGUAGGUGGGUCGACAGGGGAAUAGAGGGCAGGCAUUCUAUAAUGGUAGGGAGUAGGUGGGUCGACAGGGGAAUAGAGGACAGACAUUCUAUAAUGGUAGGGAGUAGGUGGGUCGACAGGGGAAUAGAGGACAGACAUUCUAUAAUGGUAGGGAGUAGGUGGGUCGACAGGGGAAUAGAGGACAGACAGUCUAUAAUGGUAGGGAGUAGGUGGGUCGACAGGGGAAUAGAGGACAGACAUUCUAUAAUGGUAGGGAGUAGGUGGGUCGACAGGGGAAUAGAGGACAGACAUUCUAUAAUGGUAGGGAGUAGGUGGGUCGACAGAGGAAUAGAGGACAGACAGUCUAUAAUGGUAGGGAGUAGGUGGGACGACAGGGGAAUAGAGGACAGACAUUCUAUAAUGGUAGGGAGUAGGUGGGUCGACAGGGGAAUAGAGGACAGACAUUCUAUAAUGGUAGGGAGUAGGUGGGUCGACAGGGGAAUAGAGAACAGACAUUCUAUAAUGGUAGGGAGUAGGUGGGACGACAGGGGAAUAGAGGACAGACAGUCUAUAAUGGUAGGGAGUAGGUGGGACGACAGGGGAAUAGAGGACAGACAUUCUUUAAUGGUAGGGAGUAGGUGGGACGACAGGGGAAUAGAGGACAGACAGUCUAUAAUGGUAGGGAGUAGGUGGGACGACAGGGGAAUAGAGGACAGACAGUCUAUAAUGGUAGGGAGUAGGUGGGACGACAGGGGAAUAGAGGACAGACAUUCUAUAAUGGUAGGGAGUAGGUGGGUCGACAGGGGAAUAGAGGACAGACAUUCUAUAAUGGUAGGGAGUAGGUGGGUCGACAGGGGAAUAGAGGACAGACAGUCUAUAAUGGUAGGGAGUAGGUGGGUCGACAGGGGAAUAGAGGACAGACAUUCUAUAAUGGUAGGGAGUAGGUGGGUCGACAGGGGAAUAGAGAACAGACAUUCUAUAAUGGUAGGGAGUAGGUGGGUCGACAGGGGAAUAGAGGACAGACAUUCUAUAAUGGUAGGGAGUAGGUGGGUCGACAGGGGAAUAGAGGACAGGCAUUCUAUAAUGGUAGGGAGUAGGUGGGUCGACAGGGGAAUAGAGGACAGACAUUCUAUAAUGGUAGGGAGUAGUUAAUGAUAUCCAUGUGUGUCUUU